CGCUGUUUACUUCCUGCGGCUGAGGAGGCCGUGGCCCAAAUCUUUGCUGUUCAUUUGUCGGAGAGGAUGGCCCUGGAGACGGUGCCGAAGGACCUACGGCAUCUACGGGCUUGUUUGCUGUGUUCUCUGGUCAAGACUAUAGACCAGUUUGAAUAUGACGGAUGUGACAAUUGUGAUGCAUACCUUCAGAUGAAGGGUAACCGGGAGAUGGUAUAUGACUGCACCAGUUCUUCCUUUGAUGGAAUCAUUGCGAUGAUGAGUCCAGAGGACAGCUGGGUGUCUAAGUGGCAGCGAGUCAGUAACUUUAAGCCGGGUGUGUAUGCAGUGUCAGUCACUGGUCGCCUACCCCAAGGAAUCGUGCGAGAGCUGAAAAGUCGAGGAGUGGCCUACAAAUCCAGAGACACAGCUAUAAAGACCUAGCAAGAUGCAUGGCUGCCAGCGUCUUGCCUCUGCCCCACCUCCUGCCUCUGUUUAUUUUUUGUUGUGGAACUAAGGGGGCGGAACUUCAGAUACUCCCCACCAUCCAGUUCUGAGACUCAGCAGACUGUUGAGAGCACAGCGUGUCCCUGGGCCAUUUUACCUUUGGACUACUGGUGGGGGGUGGUUUGGGUUGGUGGAUUGACAGAGACUGAAUUGAAUGGGAGGUAGGAUACUGGUCUUCCUACUCAGAGCCCAGGUCUAUGCCCUUACCCAUGGGCAAGACUCUGGGUCAAAUGCCAAUAAACACGAAUCUCUAGGAAAGUUCUUAAGCCCAUGACAGACGCCUUACCUCCUCCUUCCUUCCUUUUACCCGGGUGCAGUAAAACCCCCUUAACCCUGUAAGCACCUUCCCAGAGCAGCAGAAGCCCUCCUGCUCUCCAUUACCCAUCUUUCAGGCUCCAGAGUUGCAGCCUUUCUAGUGUGCUUCCUUGGGUCCUGUUGGAAGGUCUGCUGUCCUGAGUCUAGGGAACCCCAUCGUGCAGACUUUUGCUCUCUAGACCUGGCACAGCAGGUGUCCCCUGAAAGAAAUCCUGAGAUUUCAUAAGUAUUCUUUGCCCAUUGACCAUGUUUAAUACACCCUCCUCCCCACCCACCCCCACACACACACUUUUUGUUUUCUUUUUGCUGCUCUUCCUAUACCUUAGGCCAGUCAGUGGUAACCUUGGCCCUCUGUCCCCCACCUACUCACGUUUGCUGCUUCCUGUAACUGGAGACUGGUGGCUGCUGGGUCUUGGUCUGGUUAGUUUAUGCCUCUGUAGGAGUUGGGCCCGUCCCUCUCUCCUUUGGCCUAGUAGGGGGUUUUGUUAUUGGUCAAGACAAGUUACUUGUUUUGGAAUGAAAAUUUACCAUAAAUUCUUAUUUACUUAAAUUUCCACAAAGAAUCCUAUCAAUAUCCCCAUUUUGAUACCCUAAGUUUCUUGUUCUCCAUCUGUAAAACCAUGAUAACACUCUGCCUGUUUACCUCAGUAUUGUGGUGAUUAUAAAAAUGAAGCAAUGUGAAAAUUCUAGAACUUAGGUUUUAUAAAAGGUAAAAUUCA